UGUUCAGGUGGAGCUCGAGGAGCCACUUCCUGUCACAGAGCAGAUCUAGAGCUUCAACGAAGUCACACACACACACACACACACUCGUGCGUCUCGAACCUGCGGCCCAUCAGACGACAGACUAGCAGACAGACGGAGGGAUAAUGAUGGCGUGGAGAGGAGCGUCCGCACUGGUCAUCCUGCUGUCCAUCACACCUGUGUCAGCUAUUUCAGGUUAUGACCCUAAUAUCUGUUAUAUACUGGAUGCGGGUCUCUUGAUGUACGCCGUCAUCAUCACGGCCUUCUUCGUGCGUGAACGAUUCAUCGUGAAGAGAAGCAAAGUGGAUCAAGACUCUGUGUAUCAGCCCAUUACCAAGAACCAGUCGCCGUAUGACGUCCUGCGCGGAGCUGAGGAGGGUCCAGCCAGAGGGGGCCGCAGGCGAGGAGAUGACACUUACACGCCUCUGCAGAAGAAGGGUGACGACACGUACCGAGAGAUCGAGGCCAAGCCCGGACAGCGGCGCCGAACUGAUCAGGUUUAUCAGGGUUUGAGCUCCAUGACUAAAGACACGUAUGAUUCUCUGCACAUGCAGCCGCUUCACGCCACGCCGCGCUAAACACUGAUCUCCGUCCAGUCACUGUUCAUCUGCUCCAGAGUCACUGUGUUUCCACACUCGGUGAAUUAUAGACCCUCGUAUUGAGCUCACAUCACACCUGACCUGUAGAGUCAGAAGAACAAUCAGUAUUGAACCGAACCGGAUUGAAGAACUAGCGCUUCACUCUCUGGUGUUGAUCAUUAGAGAGUCACACUUGUGUUGUGCACCGCUCGAAACAGACAGAGACCAUAAUCAUCUUCUGUGAAAUUAUAUAUAUAUAUAUAAUAAUUAUUGUAUACAACAUUCAAUUUCAAUAGUGAUUUUAAUUAAUAUUUAGCAUUUUGAGCGUUUCAUGUUACUAAUUAAUAUAUCUAAAUAUUAGACUAUUUUCUUUAUAAAAUAAAAUCAAAUUCAAUUAAUGCAGUAUUUAAGUUUAAAAUAGAUAAACCCAUAUUUAAAACCCAUUGAAUCAAGGCAGAUGACAUAUAUUCAGUGCUGUGCAUUCCUUGGUUUCCUGAGCAGUGUUUUCAGUCAUAAUCGCUGAAGUUUUUGUCUCCUCUUCAUUUCUGUGCACUUUGAUCUGUAUUGUGGCUGAUUUGUAGAUCACAAACACAAAAACCUCUCUGUAUUUUUUACUAUUUCCUAUUCUGUUUUUGACUGCAAACAACACAAGUGUGACUUUUUUUUUUUUUUUUACAACCAUUUAGCUUUUUCGAAUCAAGUCCACAUGGGUCACAUAAACGUCACUAGAGUUUCACACUGUUUCGAUAUAAAAAGAUAAUAACAUAGUGAUUUUGAAAAUGUAAUGAGAUGACGGACCCACACCAGAGAUUCAGGGAUGCACUCCACGCAGUCAGGCGUCUGGUUACGUUACAAUAAGGUUUCAACUAACGUUAAAAAUACUAUUAUUAAAUAUUGAAAUUAAUCUCAACAUUUACACAUUUAUUUUACCGUCAAAAGUUGUAUCUAACAUUACUAUGGUGUAAACUAACAUGAACAUUUUUAUUAAUUAAAAGGAUAAUAAAUGCUGUAAAAAAUAAUGUUAGAUUAGAUAAAGGUGAUUUUAUUGUAAGCUUUUACCUGUAAUAUUCUGUAUGUUUUAAAGCUUUUCUUGUGACUUUGUGGUGAAAUAUGGGUUAAAUAGGGGAUUCAUGAUGACUGAUGUUUAAUAUCUUUUGUUUUAUAUCAGUAGAGUAUUAUUGCAUCUAACUGAGAAUCUCAUUGUUUUUCAUUUGGUUGUUGUUACUUUUGUCUGUUUUGUUUGUGUAACUUUGUAUCAGCUUGUUAAAAUGAUUUUCCUCUAAUAUUUUCAGUAAAUAAUCAAACCUGA